CCGGGCCCCUUCCUAUCGCUUAUCAUUGAUCCUUUGCCUUCACGCGACUCUUCUUUCCGGCUUUCACGCGCGUCACCUAUAAUGGCCCCCGACGAGGACAUAGAGGAUGUCCAAGUCAAGGACAGGAAGCGGGCCUCGAUGGACAUUGACAGUGUCAAGCGCAAGAAGUUCAAGGCUGACGACUUGCCUUUGACCGGUGCCCAGCAUGCUGCCAUUGACAAACUCUUGCACUCGUUCAAGAAGAAAGGGGGCUUUGAUAGCGUGCGCAAGAAGAUCUGGGCCGAAUUCAAUGAAGGGGACUCCAAAACCAAGUUUACCGACCAGUUGAUUGCGCUCGCCGAGUCCGAGAUUGACCGCGAACCAGCGCUACUCUCUCGUGAGAGAGGAAAAGCUGCGACCCUUAUCGAAGGCGCCGUAGACCGUGGCGAUGUCUACAAGAGCGUGGAGGAAUCAAUCAACAAUCUUACCGCGAACCACCUCGAAUUCAUCCUCGACUCCGUCCGAGGAAUCCGCCGCCAGGAUGUGGGCGAUGAAAUAGCUUUGCGCGAGGAACAGUCGGGCAACAAAACCGACGAAGAGUACGAUGUCUAUAUCAAGGCGAAACGCGAGGAACGGGAGAAAGUCUGGCGUGAGGAGAUUCGCAAGCAAAAGGAAAUGGAAGAGGAACAGAAGCGGAUCCAAGCAGAAGAGCUCCGCAAGAAACGUGAAAUAGAGCGGCAGAAAGAGGAGGAAGAGAGGGCCAGGCGCAAAGAGCUGGAAGAAAAGAGACGGGCUGAAGAGCGUGAGCGUGAUGAGCAGCGAGAACGAGAGCGGCAGGAGCGAUAUGAGCGACGAAGACGGGAGGAUCGUGAUAAAUACCAUUGGGAUCGAGAUCAGGAUCGCAGUCGAAGCAGAGACCGUCACCGGUACCGUGACCGUUCGCCUGCAUACCGAGCUGACCGUGGAGUGUCGCCUCGUUCCCGAGAUGCAACAAAGAAAGAGCCGCCCUCAACAUCAAAAGAUCCAACCCCUGCACCCCCACUACCUGCUCCAGUUGAUGAGAAAUCAUUGGAGGAAGCUGCUCUGCAGAUGUUGCUGAAAGAAGGCGAGGAGCUUGCGGCCAAGGCGCGGCAGAAGCCCGAGUUUGACUUCGAAGAGGCCGAAGCCAUUGAAAAUGGGCUCAAGCCGGCGGCGGCGCAGUCUAAGAGCGCUAGUGGAACGAGACACUCCAAUACCCCCAACAAGGCUGGCACACCGGCUCGAGACCUUGACAGACGGCACGAUUCAAACGCAGAUCGCACUGAACGGCCCCGUCAUCGUACACGAGAUCGAAGCCGGAGUCGCUCCCGCCGUCCAUUUGCAUCUCGUUACGAGAUAGAUCGCCGCCACGAUCGGUCCAGAGAUUCCCGGGAUCGUGACAUGGACGAACGACGUGGAUACCGCGACUUCCGCGACGAGGACCGAAGCUACAGGCCCAGCCGCCGCAGCCGCAGGACUAUGACCGGCGACACCGCAGUCGCAGUCGCAGUCGCGACAAAGAAAGAGACCGCCCUCGACGCAGCCGUUACUCCCAGUCGCCCUCACGACCCGGUAACACAUCUCCACGACCGCGGCGACGUUCGCGCACGCGGUCCCCCUCAAGACCACGGGCCCGCGAGCGUCUCAGAUCCCGCUCUCGAUCCGCUCGACGCCGCUCCCGCUCCCGUCGCCGAUCUCGCUCUCGCAGACCUUCUCCCCCAGGUCUCGAAAUCGACCGCUACGUCCCCUCUACAAGCAACCGCAGCAGGUCACCACGCCGCCGCCCGCGGUCGCCGGAACCUGCGGCAGACCGGUCCAGAAUGGGCGAUAUCGAUCGGUACAUCCCUGUCUCGGAGCGCAAAAAGGAAGGCGAUCGCGAGGAACCGGCGGCUGAGCGGCCUAGAGCCGAUGCGCCGGAUGAUCGUCGGCCUCGCCGGCGCAGUCCCAGUCCUGCUCGUAGGAGAAGUCGCAGCCGCAGCCGUCGACGCAGCUUCAGUCGGAGGAGGAGCAGGAGUCGACGACGGAGUCGCAGUCGUUGAUCUUGAACGACAAUGCUACGGGCUU